AUGUUGCGACUGCGUCACCUUGAUGCGAAACAAAGCGUAUUGCUGAAGUAUGCAUAUGCCACUUUGGAAAGUAGUGAUCUGCAGGAAGCGGUUAAAUUACCUCAAGGCGAGGAUCCUAACGAGUGGAUUGCUGUAAAUGUUUUGGAUUUUUUCAAUCAGGUGAGUAUGCUGUUCGGGACAAUAAGUGACCAUUGUACCAAGGAGUCGUGUCCAAAGAUGUGUGCAGGUCCAAAAUUUGAAUAUAUUUGGAUGGAUGGACAAAAGAAUAUUAACUGCCCGGCACCUCUAUAUAUCGACUAUCUUAUGACUUGGAUACAUGAACAGCUUGAUGACGAGAAUGUUUUUCCCUCUCAAAUAGGCCAACCUUUUCCUCCAAAUUUUCUGUAUAUUACGAAAGCAAUCGCGAAACGAUUAUUUCGAGUAUAUGCUCAUGUGUAUCAUCAACAUCUUGAGCUCAUCGAACAGCUGAAUGCAGUAGAACAUCUGAACACAAGCUUCAAACACUUUAUGCUUUUUAUUCGCGAGUUCGAUUUAAUCGAUUCGAAACAACUGGCACCUCUUCGCAGCUUCAUUGACCAAGUUUUUUUGGGCGCAGAUUCUAAAGUUUUCUGA